GGUUUCUAAAAUGUUACUAGGCUUGCCUUUUGUCUUGUUCAAAACUUUCCUUAUUUUUUAAUCGUCUCUUUCACUUCGUUUCUUCCAACAAAGUUACGAUGAGCAAUUCACAAUAUAUGAGAGUCCCGAUGAAUACCCAUCCGAAUUAUGGCUCGGUCCAUGGUCAUCACGAUGAAGAGGAUCCCAAUAGUUAUUACUACAGUGCUCUCAGUGAUGGGUCAGCGCCAGGGUCUCCCGAUAGUCGUCCGCGAUCCAUACGAGACGCCGUCGAAUCGUUUGCAGGAUCUUAUUCUCGGGCUUCCGCACUCUACGUGGCCGAAAACUUGACCUUACCUCCCAAUGCUGUUCUCUCAAACCCGCCUACCAUUCAUGAUGCAGACCAAUUUGAUGAUGAAGAACAGUCCAAAACCAAUCUAGUAGACCCUCACGCGUUGGAUCGAUUACCUUCGCAACAAUCCACAGGGUAUCAUUUAUUCCCCUCGUUAUCUCGUCACACUACCGUAGCUUCUGUAUUAUCUCAGCAAUUUCCACCUUCCCAACUGCCACAACGCUCCACUUUUGUACAAUCAGUCUUCAAUUCAGUCAAUGUAUUGGUCGGCAUUGGCAUCCUCGCUCUUCCGCUAGGUUUUCGAUGUGCAGGUUGGUUGGCUGGUUCCGCCAUCUUUUUAUUUUGCUCCUUCGGUACCAACUAUACUGCCAAGUUACUGGCCAGGUGUCUUGAUGCGUAUCCCGGAGCCGUCACUUACGGUGACAUGGGCGCCGCCGCCUUUGGUGAUCGAGGAAGAACUUUUGUCAGUAGCAUUUUCAUCGUUGAACUGAUGACAAUAGGAGUCGCGAUGGUGGUAUUGUUAGGCGAUGGUAUCCAGUCGCUUUUCCGGUCGAUGAGUAUGCUGACGAUUCGAUUGAUAUCGUUUUCGGUACUGACGCCGAUGCUCUUUUUACCGAUCCGUAAACUGGCGUAUACGAGUCUGAUUGGCAUCAUUAGUUGUGCCUGCCUGGUGGUGAUUGUUAUUGUUGACGGACUUUCCAAAAAGACACAACCCGGAAGUUUGUGGGAUCCCAUGGAAACGGAAAUCAUUCCUUCGGAUCCGUACAAUAUUCCACUAACUUUUGGUUUGAUUAUGGCCGGAUUUUCAGGCCAUGCCGUAUUCCCGGCUAUUUAUCGCGACAUGGAUGAACCCAAAAAGUACGAGAAAAUGGUGGAUAUUACUUAUGUCCUGACAAUGGGUGUCUACAUUGUGAUGGCCGUGGCUGGUUACACCAUGUUUGGAUUGGAGACAAUGCAGGAGAUCACUCAAAACCUGGCAAACACUCCUGGUUAUAACAAACUAUUGAAUCAUCUAGCAGUUUGGCUCAUUGUUCUGACCCCGAUCGCUAAAUAUGGUCUUAUGAUGAACCCUAUCAACCUGACGUGGGAACUGUGGAUAACCAGUCGUCCCAGCAUUGACGCAUGGUCGAAAUUCCAUCCUUGGAGAAAGAACUUUUUAUCCACCGUUGGUCGUAUCAUGAUAAGUGCCUUGGUCAUCUAUAUUGCUACCGUGUUCCCUGGUUUCGACCGAGUCAUGUCGUUACUUGGAGCUUUAUUCAGUUUUGGUAUCUCGGCCAUUUUCCCGCUGGCUUGUUACCGCCGCUUAUACGGCCACAAUUUCACACGCGUGGAAUCCGCCAUCAAUUGGUUUUUGCUUUUCGUAGCUUCAGGCAUGGCCAUUCUGGGUACGGUUUGGAGCUUUUUGCCAAAUGACUUGUAAUCUUUCGUAUCAUGUAUAUCGUCCAUCGUCGGUUUCCCAUACAUUUCACCCGUUCUUUCUUUUU